CGCAUCGGCAUUAGCAUCCACAUCACAAAUGGUUCGCUUUGUGGAUAUGGCCGCCAUUGAGGGGGCGAGGGGCAUGGAUAUGGACGCGUGCAGGACAUCCCUUUGUGCUCCCCUUUGCGUUGGCUGAGGUCGAGAUACUUUAAAAGCUUGCACAUACCAACGAGACUGGCAACUUUCGAUGCAUCCACCACCUCUUCCGGUUCUCUAAACACCAACCACGACUCUCCGCAAACAUAUACACCCACAUUCACCCUCAUGACAUCUGCAACUCGCCCCAAGCAACAGCAGCAGCAGCUCGAGUCUCCGCACACAAGCAGCUCGGCCACCAUGGCCCGCGCCAGCUUCGUCGACCGCUUGCCGCAGCUGCACCUCGGCUUCCGCAGCGGUAGGCAUGUCACGCCGACGGCCGAAGUGGAUGCAUGCGCAGCAGACGCCUUCAGCACCCUCAGCCUGCAGCAAGCACUGCCCAGGACCCCCGAGGCCAAUGCCUGUCAGAAUCAUCCAUGGGCCGCCACCGGCGGCGUACCACCCGCACCAAAACGCCAGAGAGGCGAGCAGAAUCACAAGCGCAAGAAGUCGAGCCAACAUGGCGCCGCUGCUGCUGCUGCUGAGAGCGCAGAGCCGAGCAGCAGCGAUACAGACAACUCGGUCUCUCACGGUCGCCGCGCAAAUACUCUGCGAUGCAAAAUUCCCAGCCGCACUCUACCACGCGCAAGCAGCGUCACCUCGUCCGAGGAUCGCAGCUCACUGCUGUCACCCGCUGCGCCGCUGCUGCAGCAGAGCGACCGCUUCGAGAGCUUCCCGCUUCCUUCACCCGUUGAGUCCACCUCGAGCGUCGGCAACGGGCACUCCCUCUCUCGCAAACAUCUCACCGCUUUCAAUACCAUGGUGAAUCCUGCGGACGCACAGGCUGUCGUCCAAAUGCACACACAGCAGGGCGCCGCCGCCGAGGAGACGCGCUUCUUGCCUGCUACUGGCGGCCGAGACCCGGAAAGCAAGUCCAGGGCGUGGCUCGCACAAUGCUCCGCCGCGCUCUCGCAGAUAAUCCGAGCGCCAUCUUCCUCGCAGCAGCCAUCCCACUGGGCUUCAUUCUCUACCAGGUCGCCAUCGCCCUGGACGCCGUCGCUGGCCGACUCGCUUAGCGCUUCUUCCCCUCCGUCCUUCCUGGCAGACCCGACCAUGUCGCCCCCGAGCACCGUCGAGCGCUCUAGCACGCCGCAUAUCACAAAUUCCUCACAUUCUCCCGCGUCCUGCACCCGCUCCAAAGCCAAACGCGCAGCGGCGGCGGCGCAGGCGACCCGCCCGCUGCAGCCGCACGACGCCGCGAUCUACAUCCCGUCCGUCCUGACGCUCGCCCGAUCGACAACGACGAACCGCCCCCCGGCGGAUGGGGACGCUGCAAGCACCACAAGCGACGCAGACAGCAGCGUCGCUUCGAGCUGCUACGGCGCCGCCAACACAGCCAACGCGAGCAGCAGCAGCAGCAGCGGCGGCGGCAGCUGCUGCAGCGCGAGCGCCAAUCACACUGUUCGACCCUCUCUGCCGUGGCAGCUAGGCUCCAAGAGCAGCAUCAAUGUUCGUGCCGCGGAAGCUGCGGCCUCGGCAUCCCGCGCCGCUUCCCUUCGUACGAACUGUGCCAGUGCUUCCUCCGAUCGCAUUCCGAAAGCGCGGGAUCACGGGUCCGCCCCCUCGGCUCUAUCGCCAUGCCCCCCUUCUUUGCUCGCGUUUGGCGGGCCCAUCGGACUCGGUAUCAACAUGACCGGUGGCUCCGCUGGAACCCCCUUCCACCCGAAGCCACACAGCAGCAGCAAGCAACUGCUCUCCUCUGGUGUGCAGACUCCGACACAAGAACAGAUGUCGCCUGCGAAACGCGGCCGCGCCUACUCGAGCCCCAACACGAGCGCCCAUGUGAGACACUCCGACGGCAUCUCCGCCGCGGGCGCGAGCAGCAGCUUUGGCGUUUUUACCAUGAGCAGUGUCGACAGGUCGUGCAGCGGAUCCAGCGCCUCGUCCUCCUCGCAUUUGCACUCACCCACGCGACGGUCCAUGUCCUUCUCACUGUCGCCCUCCAGCUCGCGCGCGCGCCUCGGCACGCCAUUCUCAGUCAGCGGGAGCUGCGGUGUCGGUGUCGGCGUCGGUGUCAUGAUUGGUGCUGGGCGCAAUCGAAGCGUCAUGCCGGAUUACUUUGGCGACACCUGGCGCUCGGCGUCCGCUCGUCGUGUCUGCUAGUUCCUUCAGCCAUUUGGAGCCUCCACCCGCGUCGUUGCUGGACGCUUUUUCGCCCUACACUUGGCGCGCAAAGCGCCAAGACUCGGAUGCCGUAUCUCCCACUUUUCCUCUCGCCUGCGCUCACUCUGCGGAAAAAAUGUAAUUGGCGCAUCGUUUCUUGAGAUUCAUUCGACACUACUGUAUCCGUAACGCGCCGCGCGCGCGUGCCUACUUAUCGCCCUUGCUUUUACCUUGUCUCCCCAAAAUGUAUAUUGUACUUGA